CUGCGCACUUGCGCUGACACACAGGCACAUGGAACUACAGCUGGUCUAACAUAAUUCCGCUCCAAAUGCUCUGAGACUCCGUAGCGAGUAGCGCCUAAACGAGCUGACCCCCUGUGCGGAAUUAGGUGUGAGCGCCCCCCAAUUCAAGAACACCAUAGCAACUUGAACGUCGACACGCCUCCAGUACCAGUCCCAGUUCCACGAACCCGAUUUCGCAAGUCGCCUCAGCCCACCAUACGAUACCAACGUCAACAUGGCUCCCGGAAUGUCCCUCUUCUCCGUCAAUGCCAUCCUCAUCCUCUCCGCUGAUGACGGCUCUCGCAUCUUCGCAAACUACUACUCACAACCCCACCAAGCUCCAGGCGCUUCGGAAAAGAGCCCCUACGGAGAUGUCAAGUCCCAGAAGACAUUCGAGAAGGGCUUACUCGACAAGACAGCAAAGCAGACCGGCGACAUCAUCCUGUACGACAACAGAAUAGUCCUCUACAAGAUGGAGUCGGACGUCAUGAUGUACGUUGUUGGAUCCGUCAACGAGAACGAGGUCCUACUCUACAAUGUCAUCCUUGCCCUCAGGGACUCCUUGCACCUCCUUUUCAAGCAGUCCGUUGACAAGAGGACCAUUAUCGAGAACUACGAUCUCGUAUCCCUUGCCAUCGACGAAAUCGUGGACUCCGGUAUUAUUCUCGAGACUGACCCCGUCGUCAUCAGCCAGCGGGUUUCCAAAGCGCCCACGCAAGACGUCAACCUGAGCAGAAUCGAUUUGAGCGAACAGGGCGUCAACAACCUGGCACAACUAGGAAAGGCCAAGUUGACAGAUUGGUUGCGCCAGGGUUUGUAACUUGGGGGUUGACACACUUUGCACGGCAUAUGCGGGAAGAGCAUUUAGAAUCUGAGGGCACGGCGUUGGUCAAAAUUCGUUUGUC